AUGGCAGGUGAAGAGGUAGGAAAUCAAACUUCUGUCACCGAAUUUAUCCUCCUGGGAUUUGAAAUUCUUCCAGAGUUUCAAAUACUGCUCUUCAUCCUCGUUCUUAUAUUCUACAUUGCAACUGUGGCUGGGAAUGUCCUCAUCAUUGUGCUCAUCAUAGCUGUUUAUGAUCGGUACUUAGCCAUAUGUAAACCAUUGCAUUAUUCAGCCCUUAUGACUGACAGAUUUUGUUUCACCCUUGCAGCUGGCUCAUGGAUCAGUGGAUUUAUAGUUGUCACCAUUGGGUAUCUCUUCCUCUUACAAUUAACCUUCUGUGGACCCAAUCAAAUUGAACAUUUUUUUUGUGAUUUUCUUGAAGUGAUUAAACUCUCCUGCAGUGACACCUAUGAGAUUGAACUUGUUGCUUUCAGUUUUGGCUGUAUAUUCCUCUUGCCCCCAUUCCUUUUGACUCUCAUGUCCUAUGUUUGGAUUAUCAGGACCAUACUGAGAAUCCCUUCCACUACUGGGAGACAAAAGGCCUUCUCCACCUGUUCCUCUCAUAUUAUUGUGGUGACCAUAUUUUAUGGGUCCAUAACUAUAGUCUAUAUGUCCCCAACAUCCAACACCCUAACAGCACCGAACAAAAUAUUAUCUCUUUCCUACACUGUGAUGACUCCAUUGGUAAACCCUCUCAUUUACAGCCUGAGAAACAAGGAAGUAAAGGAAGCUGUAAGGAAAGUUGUCUGCAUGUUUCUGAACUGGAAAAGAAUGCAAUCAUUCCUGAACUCUAUCAGCAGGUUAAACAAAAUUGGACAUAACAGGAAUCCAAGCUGUUGA